UCCCUGGAGCAGCCCCUGUUGAGGGGGGUGGAUCCGAGGAGGAAACCGGAGAACGGGAAGGGGAUCUCUUGGAGGCUGCUGGGGUUAGGGUUAUUCCGGUGUGUGGAGUCCAUCUUCACAGAAAAUGGCAGUUUUAUCCAAGUAAACAGCCCGUGCAGUACCUGCAUUGCUAAAGGGGGAAGCAGAAGAGGAGGUUGGAGGGGCAGCCGCUGGAGGAAAUGCUGCCUCUUCCAAUGAAAUAUUCCCCUCUCUAGCUAACCCUGGCCUGCCGCAGCUCACCUCUAAAGUCAUACAUGUUGUUUGUUAAGAUUUUAUGGCCAAAGCAUCAUCAAUUCCUCAGCAGACCUCAAACCAGAGGGAAGACACCUGUGUCCACCAUGAGACGCACUAGAGACUGAGCGACGCAACAACAUCCACAUAGAGAUUGAAAAAACAUCCUUCAGUGGAAACUGUUACACCUGACCAUGGCUGUAACUGCAGCUAAAACAACUACAAGUUUUCUCUCCACAACUGCCACGACCACCGCAAUCCCCUUUCUCUCGACGAGCAGGAGCGCCAGGGACAAUGUCACCUCCAGAACUACAUUAAUGACUGUUACUAUCACAACAAACGAGACCAGCUUCAAUGCCACCUCGUUUCCGGAGGCGGUGAUCGAGGGCUCGGGAAUGGGAAUGGUGCUCGUCCCCUUUGGCAUCAUCACUGUCAUCGGCUUGGCUGUGGCAAUCAUGCUGUAUAUUCGGAAAAGGAAGCGGUUGGAGAAGCUGAGGCACCAGCUUAUGCCCAUGUACAACUUUGACCCGGCUGAAGAACAAGAUGACCUGCUGGAACAGGAAUUACUGGAUCACGGCCGGGACGGCAGCCUCACAGGUCCCAAUGCCAAGUUUUGACAAUGGCAUAAUGGUAAAAGGCAAACAUGACUCUCACAACCUCCCAGGGGACCACGCAGAGGCCCAGUCGCCUGGUCUUCACAGAUGUAGCCAAAGCUCUCAACGCUUAACAGCUCUCUUCCAUUAGUUGGUAUCAGUUUGCGGGGGCCGCUCGACAUACAGACUGUCUCUCAGGAAGUAAAACAAAGGGAAAACUGGACUGUUUUUGGUAAAAACUGGAGCUUUGGUGAACAUUUUCAUUACUACAACACAGUAUGUGAAAUGGGAGUGGCUUUUAAAACAAACAACGUAGUGCAUGUAGGACGAGGGAGCAUAACGGGAGGCAUCACGUUUGAUCUUGCACUGUUAUUAUUUGGCACACGAAUUCGGUGUGAUGCACAUUUUUUGAAUCAUGUUGUGUCAUUGCUGUUAAAAUGUUUUGGUAGCUUGUCAGUGAAGUUCUUUUGAGCUUCAAUAUCUACUUCCAUGUUUGAUAAGAGAAGUGUGCAUUUGUGUUUUACUGAUUGUGUGGUCUUUCGUCUCCGACAAGCUUAAACUCUGGAUGUGUUUCCAUCCAUAAGUGAGCCGUCUCUCUUGUUUUGUUUCUUCUUAAUUGAGCAAUGAAGGAUUGUUUCCGUCUGUACACAUUAAAACUAUUCAAACCAAUU